GGAAAACCGCGGGGCGCGGUGUAGGCGCGCGGCGAGGGAGGGCGCGCUCGGAGUGGCGGGCCGGCCGCGGGGACCAGCACGUCGGGGACCUCCUCUCACGAGGCCGCGACCCAAGAAGGCGAUGCUACGUGGUCAUCCUGAUGUUUCUCCGGUUGUGACGCGGAUCCCUAAGCCUCCCGCUGCUCCCGACCCGCCUCCUCGUCGGCAUGGACCAGCGCGGCCGGUUUGAAAGCGAUGUGCAGCCAGUGUUGAGUGGAGCGGAAAACGCAACCAAUUAUUCCGAAUCGGACAAAACCAUUUCCCAAUAGCGCCUCGCCCCGCGGCCGCUGGCGCUGGCGCGCGCUGGCAGUGUAGGGUGCGCGGCGGGCGGCCGCUCGGCAGCGCCCCCAGCGGCCCCGCGCCGGCCCCGGCGCCGGGCGAGAGGCCUCUCUCUGCAGCCGCAGCCGCCAUGGCGCCGGCACCGCGGCACAGCCCGCGCCGCCUCGCGCAGGGCCUUCUUCUGCUGCUCCUGGUGCGCGCCAGCCGGCAGUCCGUCAAUAGUAUCAUAAUUAUUCCCCCGGUCAAUAACCCGGACGCCCACACGAGCGCUGCCAGACAGGCCGCCGCCGCCGCCCCCGCCGCCCCACUGAUGGCGGUGUCCACGCUCUCCGGCAGCUACGUCCCCAUCCUGGGCAACGUCCUCGGUGGCGUGGCGGCCCCGCCGGCAUCCGUGCUGCAGCCCCAGCCACCGCCGCCGCCGCCACAGCAGCAGCAGCAGCAGCAGCAGCAGCAGCAACAACAGCAGCAGCAGGGGCGUCGUCCGUUCGGCCGCAUCAUCGGCGGCGAGGACGCCCAGAUCCGGGACUUCCCUUACCACGCCGCCUGGCUGCACAAGGACGCCCUGCACUGCGGCGCCUCCAUCAUCGCCCCCGACUGGCUCCUGUCCGCGGCGCACUGCUUCCCCAACGGGAACUCGACGGAGGGCAGCUCCUUCCGCGUGGGCUCCUCCGUGGCCGUGACGGGCGGCCAGCUGCUCUUCCCCGUCGCCUUCUACCAGCACCCGCUGUGGCCGACCCAGGGCCUGCACUACGACAUCGGCCUCGUCCGGGUGGAGGGCAUGCACGUCAACAACGAGACGGUGCAGACGAUCCGGCUCGUGGACCCCACCUACCAGCUGCUGGCCACCGACCAGCUCACCAUUACGGGCUGGGGGCUCACGCAGGACAAGGGGGAGAGCCACUUCUACGGUGGCAGCUAUCAGCUGCAGAAGGUCACCGUCAACCCCGUGGAGCACAACCACUGCAUCGACGCCUACAGGAAGGUGAACCUCGCCGUCACGGACCACAUGGUGUGCGCGCAGGCUCCGCACAGGGACACUUGCCAGGGGGACAGCGGCGGGCCGCUGACGCUGUACACCGAGUACGAGCCCGUACGCCUGCUCGGCAUCGUGUCCUGGGGCAUGGGCUGCGCGCACGAGCGCUACCCCGGCGUGUACGCCGACCUGCGCAACCCCGCCAUGCGCCAGUUCAUCGAGGCCGUCUUCGCGGCCGCCAGAACGGCCGGGCCGGGCCGGCUGGUCGAACGGCGGACGACGACGACGACGCCCGAGCCAGAGGACUUUGCGCGAUAUAUAUAAAACUGCAGAUUCGCUCUAUUUAUUAUUCCCGCACUCGUAAUGAAUGGAAGCAGUGAGAGAGAGAAAAACUUGGUUCUUGUA